AUGGCCUCAAGGGUUCCUCGUACAUACGCAUUUGUCGAUGCUGGUGACACAGGCGAACGACUCCGCCUCAAACUAAACCACGACCAGCAUGACGGAUUCAAAAGUCGAUUUCUUACCAGUGUCGCACUGUCGAAAAGGGGUCUUGAAUUGGGUGGAAGCAAGCAAAAUAGACAAGCAUUCUUCAUGUCCAAAUGUAGAAGAUUAGUGCACUUUCGCACUCGCUCACACAUUUUCUCGUGUCCAUUUUUGCAUCAUUACCGUCGUUACCUUGUCAUGAUACGGUGCUGA